CACCUCCAAGCCACACCUUCCCACAGCCUUCUCCCCUCCAACAAUCCAAGCAAUGUCCCAAUCGCGCGACGACUCCGUCUACCUCGCCAAGCUCGCCGAGCAGGCCGAGCGCUACGAGGAGAUGGUCGAGAACAUGAAGCGCGUCGCGUCAUCCGACCAGGAGCUCACCGUCGAGGAGCGCAACCUGCUGUCGGUCGCGUACAAGAACGUCAUCGGGGCGCGCCGCGCGUCGUGGCGCAUCGUGUCCUCCAUCGAGCAGAAGGAGGAGUCCAAAGGCAACGAGGCGCAGGUGACGAUGAUCAAGGGCUACCGCGAGAAGAUCGAGAGCGAGCUCGCGAACAUCUGCGAGGACAUCCUGAAUGUGCUUGAGAAGCACCUUAUUCCCUCGGCCGCGUCGGGCGAGUCGAAGGUCUUCUACCACAAGAUGAAGGGCGACUACCACCGUUACCUUGCCGAAUUCGCGACUGGCGACAAGCGCAAGGAGAGCGCGGACAAGGCACUCGAGGCGUACAAGGCGGCAUCGGACGUUGCUGUCGCUGAGCUGGCACCCACGCACCCGAUCCGCCUGGGUCUUGCGCUGAACUUCUCUGUGUUCUACUACGAAAUCCUGAACAGCCCGGACCGCGCAUGUCACUUGGCAAAGCAGGCGUUCGACGAUGCGAUCGCGGAGCUGGACACGCUGUCGGAGGAGAGCUACAAGGACUCGACUCUGAUCAUGCAGCUAUUGCGGGACAACCUGACGCUCUGGACGUCGGACAUGCAAGAGAACGAGAGCAAGGAGGAGCAGGCGGAGGAGUAAAAAGCCGCACUGGAGGUCUGUGUGGUGGUGGGGUGGUGUCCGGCGCGCAGCUCGAUGCUGGCCGCGAUGCUGUGUCGAUAAUAUCGUGCAUAUCGUAGUUCUCGAGUCUAAUGACGAAUGGUAUAUGGUGUUUCUGCCUUC